GAUACCUUCUGGAGUGGGAGCUGGAGGUGCCGGCUGGACUUGUGGGGCAGGAGCAGCAAUUCGGAGCGUAGGUCUUGACCUCUGCCCUGUGACAGCUCCCAGCCGGAGGAUGCAGGGCAGCUGCCUGGGUUAGGGGCCAUAGCUGAGGAAAGAAGACCAGCACUCCGAAUCUUCUCAUCCCCCAGGCAGCAGGCAUGGGAUGCACUCAGGCUCCAACUUCAGCUACCUCUGGUAGCCCACAUGGACACAAGGUCUAUUUAUAGUUCUGCCACAGAAGGCCAGCCAAGCACAGGGGUAGCCAGGGUUUUUCAAGUGCUUUGGGGGCAGAAGGAAGAGUGGGAGAGGCCAGUUCUGCCUCCGUCCACAUCAUCCUUGGCCACCCUCAUCGCUACCGACUCCCCCAUGAACCCAGACAGUUCUCCAUCGUCUAGCAGAUAGCCUCUGGGUCAAGGGCAAGGUCAGGGGUGCAGCCCCGAGCGCAGAUGGACACGGGCUUGUGGUCUGGACAAGGGUUGCAUCAGCCCGAGCAGUGGCCCAGGACAGAGGCCCUGCUGAGAGGGCAAAGGCUGGCUAGGCUGUGGGAAGGCAGAGAAAGCAGUCAGAGAGUGGGAAGGCAAAUUUAGAAAGCCAGAGCCUCCCUGGACCUCCCACGAGGGGUCAAUCCCACAGGUGGCCAAUGGUUGCUCGAACUUAGGCAGGUAGCCUGCCUUCAAUGGAGCUGCUGGACCAGAAGGCUGAUUCCCAUCUCCUCUCUCCUGCCUGGGGUCGCCUCCUUCCCCACUUGCUACAGAAAUUCCUAACUUCCUUCUAGCCCUGGCUGUGGGCGGCCACAUGCUGUGGAGAAGAAAGUCCUUCUGGCUGGCAUUGUCAGCCUUCUGGCUCCUCCUCAUCCUCCUAGGAGUCUUCCCCCUUCGUCUGGUUGUGUCGCCGGGUCCUCUUCCAGGGCACUCCCAAGGCUGGCCCCGCUGGCUGGAUGCUACCUUCCUACAGAGUUUCUCCCAGUCUGAGACGAACCCAGAAGAUGUCCCACAGCUCCCUCAGGUCUCCCGGGGGAGCAGCUGCACCUGGGGAGCCUGCUUUGACACCUCCAAAUGUAAGGGGAAGGUCCUCAAGAUCUUUGUGCACUCCCCGGCUGGUCCGACCACUGAGGCUCAGCGCAGGAUCCUGGACUCCUUGGAAGGUUCCCGCUACUAUGCCCUCAGCCCAGCAGAGGCUUGCCUUCUCCUCUUCCUCCCCAGCCAGGACCGGAGAGGAGCAUGCGGGCCUCUGCCUCCGAACUGGAACGGAGGCCGGAACCAUCUGGUGCUCAGUCUCUACCCAGCCCCUUGCACCAGGCUGGGACAGGCGAUGGUGGCUGAGGCCAGCCCCUCCUCGGACAUCUUCCGACCAGGCUUCGAUAUAGCGCUCCCGUAUCUCCCUGAAGCUCACCCAUUGCAAGGUGGGGCUCCCGGCAGGCUGCAGCAGUAUAGCCCCCAGCCUGGGGCCACCUUACUGGCCGUAGCGGAGGAGAGAGGCAGGUGGCGGAUGGCAAGCACCCACGCCUCAGCCUGCCCCUGGAACAGGCACUGUGAGCAAGAGCCUGGACCCCGGCAGACCUACCCAGGAGAGACACUUCCCAAUGCCACCUUCUGCCUCAUCCCCGGCCACCGAUCUGCCACCUCCUGCUUUCUCCAAGCCCUUCAGGCCGGCUGCAUCCCUGUACUCCUCAGCCCGCGCUGGGAGCUGCCUUUCUCUGAAGUCAUCGACUGGACCAAGGCGGCCAUCAUUGCUGAUGAGAGGCUCCCGCUGCAGGUCCUGGCUGCCCUCCGUGAAAUGCUCCCUUCGCGGGUUCUUGCCCUGCGCCAGCAGACCCAGUUUCUGUGGACCGCUUACUUCUCCUCAGUGGAAAAGGUCAUCCAUACCACCCUAGAGAUCAUUCAGGACCGGAUCUGGGGUGCGUCGGCUCACCCCUCACUGAUGUGGAAUAGCCCCCCAGGGGCACUCCUGGCUCUGCCCACUUUUUCCGCGAGCCUUCAAGAUUUCCCCUUUUAUCAUCUGCAACUGGGCUCCAGCCCUGGGAGCCGUUUCAGCGCCAUGAUCUGGGUGGGGGACUCCGGAGAGUCCCUGCUGAAGCUCAUCCAGGAGGUGGCAGGUUCCCAGCACUGUGCCCAGAUCCUGAUCCUCUGGAGCAGUGAGAGGCCGCCCCCUGACAGGUGGCCCGAGACAGCAGUGCCCCUAACAGUCAUUGAGGGACACAGGAAGGCCAGCGACCGGUUCUUCCCAUACGGCAACAUCAGCACCAAUGUCGUCCUCAGCCUUGAUGCUCAGAGCACUCUUUCUACCAGUGAGGUGGACUUCGCCUUUGUGGUGUGGCAGAGCUUUCCUGAGCGGAUGGUGGGCUUUCUGACGGGGAGCCACUUCUGGGAUGAACCCCGGGGUGGCUGGGCCUACAGUACUGAGAUGACCAAUGAAUUCUCCAUGGUCCUGACCACGGCUGCCUUCUACCACAGAUAUUACCACACUCUCUUCACCCACUCCCUACCUAAGGCCCUGAGGACCAUAGCCGAGGAGAUUCCCACCUGUGUUGACGUCCUGAUGAACUUCCUGGUAGCCACCGUCACCAAACUGCCCCCUAUCAAGGUGCCUUAUGGCAGACAGCACCCGGAGGCUGCUCCAAUGGAUUCUGCGGGUCCACGACCAGUGCCGGAGCCUCAGCCCCAGGAUCAGGAUUGCAUCAACCGUUUAGCAGCAGGGUUCGGCCACAUGCCUCUGGUUUCCUCUCGAGUGCGUCUGGACCCGGUGCUGUUCAAGGACCCGGUAUCGGUGCAACGCAAGAAGUACCGCAGUUUAGAGAAGCCCUAGGCGAGGCGUUCUACCUGACUGCUAGACACCAGAGAGCCAACUGAGACGGAUCAAAGUCCCGUCCUGGUUGGCCAGUCACUACAUGGAUCCCUGAGGGCCGUACCCGGGACCUUCCCAGGCCACGGUGGGGUUGCGUUUGGCACGUUUCGCACAGGCCUGUGCACAGGCUGAUCCGGUUCCCCGAAAUGCCUUUCUCUGCAUCUCUGCAUGGUCUACAUCUGGCCCUCACUCACCUCCUUGGUGGUCUUGAAGUCCUCGCACGAUUCGCGCCGAGUGGCCUUGUGUACACCAGCCGGUCCCAGGACCGGCCUAGGAUCUCCGGAGGUUGGAUCCUGCCCUCCUCUCUUCGGGGGUCUGGCAGGUGCAUUGUAAAUAUUUGCGCAAUAGCUACAAGAGUAUUAACUGUUUGCCAGCGCGGUGGAACACUGCCAAAACGUGCAUGAGACAUUACGCUGUCCCUUACUCUGGAGUUCCUGGUCCCCGUAGAAAGCAGACACCAGGAUUUCCAGGCUCAAUCAAGCGUGAACAAAGAGGCCAGGAGUCGGAGAUAACCAGAGGAUUGGGUGUUGCUUGCCAGCCUCACGGCAGACCCCGGACCUUGGGUGACCAGCAGCACUGCACUACCAAACUAGACCACUAGAGGUCAGCUGCUGCACUGCUUUCCCUUCAAAGGAAUAGAGUUUGAUUUUGCUUUCUUGACAUUUUGUUGUUUGUUUUUGUUUUUCAAGUAAAGGUUUCUCUGGGUAGUUCUGGCUGUCCUGGAACUCACUCUAUAUGCUAGGCUAGCCUCAAAUUCACAGAGAUCCACCUGCUUUUUGCUUCCCGAGUGCUGAGAUUAAAUUCAUGCACUACACCGCCAUCCACUGCUUCUUGAACUUGGGGGGUCAGGAGGGGAGAAGGCGGCAAGACAUGGUCUGAGACUGUAACCCAGGCUGGUCUGGAACUCACUGCAGUCUUACUGCCUCAGUUUCCCAAGUGUUAGAGUUGCAGACGUGGGCCACAAUGCCUGACUGAAUGGAGUUAAAGAUUAUGGAUAAAAUGGUGAGCUGAGGGUCACUGGUGUGUGCAGACCCCAGUAUAAGACCGUGCGAGGACUAUGACAGAACAACACUUUGGCCUGCACACUUGGAGCUCGGGCUGUUGGCAGAUGGGCUGGUCGCGAGGAAGAGGGCUGUCCUCAGCGUCCUAUAGGUGAGAGUGGAGUGGGGGAGGGGAGGCUGCUUUUCCUGGGUUCGUCCACCUGGAACUGGAAUUAUCGCUUCCGAAAUAAAGCACGUGUCCUUGCCCACUCA